ACAUGAGGCUGCGUGUGUCAUGUGAUUGCUGAAUUGUGAAUCAAAAAAUAGCUUCAGUCAGUCCUGGAUAUUAGGAAACUGCUUUAAAUACGACACAUAUGUGACAGUCUGGACUUCAUGCUGAAACCACCAGGCUGUACAAGGAGUAUGCAGUGCAGUGCUCAACGUUAAUAACAACUGAACUCUGCCUCUGACUCAAGUCAUCUGAUAAAAAUGGCGCUGCAGAUGGGGAUCCUGUGUCUGGCUCUGCUGGGCCUCAGCACAGCGCUGGUCUGUCCUGAUGGAGGCAUGUGUGAGGACAAAAACACCUGCUGCAAGGACACUGUUGGAGGAUAUGGAUGCUGUCCUCUACCACGUGCUGAGUGUUGUUCAGACCACCUCCACUGCUGCUACGAGGGGACGCUGUGUGAUCUGGUUCACAAGAAAUGUGUUAAUAAGACAGUUUCUCUGCCGUGGAUGACACGUCUUAUUGCCAAACAGUUCUGGCUCAUCCCUCAGCAGCUCAGCGAGAGAGUGAAGGCAGUCAUUUGUCCGGACCAGGAGUCUGAGUGUCCGGAUGACACUACUUGCUGCCAGCUUCCUGACGGCUCCUGGGGCUGCUGUCCAUUAGCCAAGGCUGUGUGUUGUGAGGAUAAGCGCCACUGUUGCCCUGAGGGAACAAAGUGUGAUCUUGUUCACUCAAAGUGUGUCUCUGCCUCUCUGGAGUCCAUCCCCAUGCUGGAGAAGCUUCCUGCCAGAAAGAGGAAGAAUAAUGCAGGUCUUUAUGGUUCUACAGCUCCGACUGUCGGUUCAGUGUCGUGUCCUGAUGGGAAAAGCAACUGUCCAAAUGGUACCUCCUGUUGCCUGUCACCCAAGGGAGACUACAACUGCUGCUUUUACCCAGAUGCCGUAUGCUGCAGCGACCAGAUCCACUGUUGCCCCAGCAACACAACAUGUGACUUGGAGCUUGAGAUCUGCAGGUCUGGUCAGAUCCAUGUGCCGCUGAUGAAGAAGAUUCCUUCUAUGCCCAACAACAGUCUUUAUGGUUCUCCAGCUCUGACUGUCGGUUCAGUGACGUGUCCUGGUGGGAAAAAGAGCUGUCCAGAUGGUACCUCCUGUUGCCUGUCACCCAGUGGAGACUACAACUGCUGCUUUUACCCAGAUGCCGUAUGCUGCAGCGACCAUAUCCACUGUUGCCCCAGCAACACAACAUGUGACUUGGAGCUUGAGAUCUGCAGGUCUGGUCAGAUCCAUGUGCCGCUGAUGAAGAAGAUUCCUUCUAUGCCCAACAACAGUCUUUAUGGUUCUACAGCUCCGACUGUCGGUUCAGUGUCGUGUCCUGGUGGGAAAAGCAACUGUCCAAAUGGUACCUCCUGUUGCCUGUCACCCAAGGGAGACUACAACUGCUGCUUUUACCCAGAUGCCGUAUGCUGCAGCGACCAUAUCCACUGUUGCCCCAGCAACACAACAUGUGACUUGGAGCUUGAGAUCUGCAGGUCUGGUCAGAUCCAUGUGCCGCUGAUGAAGAAGAUUCCUUCUCUACCCAACGACAUUGAUUGUCCAGACAAGAAGUCAGCCUGUCCUGAUGAAACCACAUGCUGCCAGAUGGCCAACAGCUCCUAUGGCUGCUGUCCAAUGCCUUAUGCUGUCUGUUGCUCAGAUCACAUCCACUGCUGCCCUGAAGGCACAGAGUGUGACCUAAUCCACAGCACCUGUGUGUCAGCCCGGGGAGACGUCACCAUGGCCUCCAAGAUCCCCGCUGCUGUGACAGAGGUGGUGGCAGCACAGAGCAAAGUCGGUGCUGUUCCGUGUAAUGACUCUGUGGCCUGCGCUGACGGAAGCACCUGCUGUAAAUCGCUAGAGGGAGAAUGGGUCUGUUGUCCUUUACCGAAGGCUGUGUGCUGUGAGGACCACCUGCACUGCUGUCCCCAUGGCACCGUUUGUAACCUGGCAGCGUCCACGUGUGACGAUCCCGCGGGCAGCGCUGUAACGCCCUGGCUCAGCAAAGUGCCCGUCUUCCCCUUGCUGACCGACAACAGCAAGUGCGACAGAUCCACGUCGUGCCCUGGAAAAUCCACCUGCUGCAAGACGGCAAGUGGAGACUGGGCCUGCUGUCCUCUGCCUCAGGCCGUGUGCUGCGACGAUCACCAACACUGCUGCCCUCAUGGCACAAUCUGCAACCUGGAGGCUGAAACUUGUGACGACCCGUCAGGUUUUUCACCUUCCCUCCCCUGGGUGGAGAAAGUCUCCGCUCUGACCUCUGAGGUUCAGGAUGAGAAAUGCGACAAGGAGACCAUGUGUCCGGGGGGCACCACCUGCUGUAAGAAGAACUCUGGACAGUGGGCCUGCUGCCCCUUACCUAAGGCUGUGUGCUGCAACGAUCAAAAGCACUGCUGCCCCAAAGGCUACAAGUGUAACGUCGCUGAGCAGACCUGCGACAAGCCCGGACACCUGAGCGUGCCCUGGUUGCUGAAGAUCCCGGCCCUGCAGAAGGCCCGUUUCCGGCCCAGCUCUGCCGCCAGGAACAUGUGUGACGCCAAGACCAGCUGCCCCAAGGACACAACCUGCUGCUUCAUGGACAGGACCCACAAAUGGGGCUGCUGCCCUCUGCCAAAGGCCGUCUGUUGUAAAGAUGGAAACCACUGCUGCCCCAGCGGCCACACCUGUGAGCCUCACCGGUCCUCCUGCUCAAAGGGCCCCCGUGUCAUUCCCUGGUUCACCAAAGUGAGCGCUCUGACUGAGCCAGGGUCUGUGUCGGACGUUAAAUGUGACGACAAAAGCAGCUGCGCCUCAGGAACGACCUGCUGUAAACUGCCGACGGGAGAGUGGGGCUGCUGCCCGCUGGUCAAGGCGGUUUGCUGUGCGGACCACGAGCACUGCUGUCCUCAGGGCUACACCUGCAACAUGCAAACGGGAACAUGUGAGAAGAAGAAGGACGCGCUGGUCCACACCCUCCCUCAGAGCAAAGUGGUACGGUCCGAGCCGAGAGACACGGGGGACGACACGGACGUACCAUGCGACAGAACGGGGGAGUUUCGCUGCCCCAAACAAGAAACAUGUUGCAAGAUGUCCGCCACGGAGUGGGCCUGCUGCCCCUCGCCCAGGGCAACCUGCUGCUCCGACUCAAAGCACUGCUGCCCUGUGGGAUACUCCUGUGACCAGAAGUCUGGAGGCUGCACUCUGAAAACCCAGCUGACCUGGGACACUUUGCUCGCGGACAGAAAGAGAGACUUGGUCCCACGUGGACUCUAAUCCCACUGAGGUGCACUGAUCUUCUUCAUCUUUCAGUCCAUAACAUCCAUCUGCAGCUCGUGUUGUCUGUGGACAAUAAGGGCUUUUUUUCCCAACUUCCUGUUUGUUUAGUUGGGUGAUGGAAGUGUAUUUACCACAUAAGUAUUUGCGAUGGUAGGUGUGGAGGAUGUUUAGUGCGAGACAGGAAGAAAAAAUAAAAGGGCACGCUGCAGUUAUCUCUGGCAAUUAAGGGGUUUUAAUCAAGUGGAAGCACUUUGGUGGGAGAGUCCUGACUGAAACUUAAUGUUGUCAUCUCAACAGUGAGCAGGAGUCUUUCAUGUUUUGCACCUGGCACAAAAUGUAUCAUCCUCAUGCUCAUGUCCUGGAAAUCAAUAGACUACAAUGAUACAACCAUGAAACAUAGGCAGGACAUACUGCUCAGCUUCACACUGUUAAUGUUAUUCUAUAUUUUUCUUAUUGUCUACAAACGCUAUGAAAAACAGUCCAUCUCUGAGUCCUCUCUGGCCAGCCUGUGGCAUUCAGCCUUAAGCCCAUUUUUUUCUCACUGAGGAUGUAAUUGAUGAAAUUCACUGGAAAAUACUGGACCCAUAAAAUAAAGCUUUACCAAAUAUAGUUAUAAAAUUAUUAUUCUGCUUUUUCUGCCAGCAAAUAUCUGUGGCCUGGGAACUGGGAAUCAGCAGCAGGACGGAGUGUGUAGGUCUGAGUCAAACUGAACUAGUGCAUGUAUAUUUUCAGGUUGGAGCUGCAUGACACGGGAGUGAGAUAUAUCAGGCUUCUUUCCAUGGGACGAGUUGACAAUAAGAAAAAUACAGAAUACCAUCAGCCCAUUUUUGAUUUUGUUUUUAUUGGAACUGAGUAUUUAACCAGUGCUGUUACAUUUCUCAUUAAAAAGACUUGAAUGUA